UCCCCUGAACUCAGACCAGAUAAGGGAUUGUUUUUUGAAUUUAGAAAUUAACUUGGGCGCACUUUAGAGAGCCUUAUUUGGUGCACUUGUCUGGCUGAUUUUCAGAGAUUUCAACUUCACAAAUAAAGUGGGGUCAAUGUCUUCCCUCGGAGAAGCUGCUGGCUGUUGAUGGUGCACAGAUGUCUAAACACAGGUACAAGCCAGGCAGUGUUUUGGUGAGACUCACUGAAAGGAAACCCAGGAGAAUUCUAAGAGCUUACUUUGGAAUGAGGCUGCAAGGGCGAAGAAGCACUUUUAACACAAGUGAAGGCACAGCGCUGACCAGCAGAUGCAAGAGUCUGUUCUCAAUGAUGUUGGCUCCUGGAUGGAGCACCUGCCUGCGGAGGAGCCUGCUGCCCCUCUUGCUGCUGCUGCUCAGUCUGCAGAGACCCGCUGGGAGCUCUCAGGUUGAAAUGAAAAUUGACUUUAACUUGGCACCAGAGGCCUUUGAUGAUCAGUACCAAGGCUGCAGCCAACAGGUCACGGAGGCCCUGAGUCAAGGGGAUUACUUCGCCAAAGAACUAGAAGGCCAUAGGAGUUACUCCAGGGCCUGGCAAAAAGCCCACUUAAACUGGUUGAACCAAGACAAAGCUCUCCCCAAGACCAUGACUACUGCCCAUGCUGUGGCCAUCCUGGUCUAUUCAUUGAACGAUAAUGUUCACUCGGACUUCACUAAAGCUAUGGCCGGUGCUGGCCGCUCUCCACAGUACUAUGAACAUUCAUUCCGUUUUAAGUAUCUGCACUACUACCUGACCUCAGCAAUCCAGCUGCUGAGGAGAGAAGUCAUCAUGAAGAAUGAGAGUCCAUGCUAUGAAGUGUACCAUAGGGCAAAGGAUGCCAACUUCAAAGCCCACUCAGGUGCCACCGUUCGAUUUGGUCAGUUCCUCUCUGCCUCCCUCCUAAGGGAAGAGGCACAGGAACUUGGUAAUGAAACCGUAUUUACCAUAAUUACCUGUCUGGGUGCACCUGUAGAAGACUUCACCCUCAAAAAGGAGAUCUUGAUCCCUCCCUAUGAGUUGUUUGAAGUCAUAAAUGUAAGCUACUACCCAAGAAGAAAUUGGUUGCAGUUGCAGUCAACUGGGAACCUGAGCACAUAUAACUGCCAGCUGCUAAAAGCUUCCAGCAAGAAGUAUAUCCCUGCUCCUUUAGUUAUUGCUUUUCUCUCCAUUUUGGCCAGUGUCAUUAACUCUUCCCAGAGCAGAGUGUAGAGGAACCAGCUGGUCCUUGCCUUCCUGCACCCAUUCAGACUUAUUCUUGCCACACUCUCCGAACUACCCUCUGAGAACCACUCUGACCUACUCUUUGUUGAUGCAGCGCUGACACAGGUCAAGAUCUAUGUUGGGCCAGAAACUCAGGCUUUAGCCAAUCAGCACAUUUCUUCCCAUGGAGACAUUUAUUCAUGCUAGAUAGCAAAUGAACCAAUCAGAGCCUGUGAGAUAUGAUCCAGAGUACAUUAUUCGGAUUGGGGUUAGAGACGGAACGGCUACCACUCUUUCGGGCGCCGAUUAAGCACAGAAAUGCUAGCAGAUGACUUGCCUGCUUGAGGAUGGAGCCAACACAUUGAAGAAAGCGCUGAGAAAUGAAGUGAACUGAGUCUCAUGACGGCGUAGGAUGGGCCUGAGGACACAACAGUGCCUGAAGUUGGAUACCCUGGGCUAUUUUUUUCAUUCUAUAAAUCAAAAAAAUAUCUUUUGCUUAAAUAACCCUAAUUAAAAUUUCUGUUCCAAACAA